AAGAUAUUGAUUGUUGCUGCGGACAAUGCGUCGUCCAACGACACGCUCGUUGCAGAGCUUGCAACGAUCCUACCAAAGUUUGGUGGAGAGACAAACCGGUCGAGGUGUUUCCUCCACAUAGUCAAUCUUGUUGCAAAGUCAUUGCUCCGAGAGUUUGAC